AACAACAACAACAACAACAACAAAUUAUGAAAAUAACAAUCAUCCACUUUUACAACCACACACUCUUUAUUCUCAAUCACAUUAUUCUUCAAUGGUAAAUACUUUUUUUUUUAAAGCUUGCUUGAUUGAUUUACAUACUUACUUUCUUAUUUAAUAUUAUGAUACAAGCCAUCUAUGGUACAUUCAACUACUACUACUACUACACAUGAUUAUAAUUCAAGUUCAUUAGACUCAAAUACAACUGAAGAACAACCUCUUUAUGUAAAUGCUAAACAAUAUCAUCGUAUCUUAAAACGUAGAAUUGCAAGAGCUAAAUUAGAAGAAAUGAAUAAAUUAUCAAAUAAAGGAAGAAAACCUUAUUUACAUGAAAGUAGACACAAACAUGCCAUGAGAAGGCCAAGAGGUCCAGGUGGUCGAUUUCUAACUGCAAAAGAAGUAGAGGAAUUGGAAAGAACGGGUAAAUUAUCAAACCAUUCUUAUUCUUCUUUAUCAGAUCAAGAUACUCUUAAUCAUCAUCAUCUUCCUUUUAAUAAUAUGAAUACAAAUCAAUUUAAUCAACAACAAUCUACUAUUUAAUUCUAUUUAUUUAUUUAUUUAAUAAAGCCUCUUUCUUUUUUUUUUUGGGUGU